AGACAUGGUUCCAGCUUGGUGUCUCGGCGAUUCACAGACCAGGUCUUUACAAUGAUGAUGAAGAACACUGAGUCCAUCGGUGAUUACUCGAAGAAGUUCCUCCGUGCGGUUUACAAUGCUGGUUUACCCAAAGACGAUGCUCGCAUCGCUGAUCGCUUCCUUGCCUCGCUGACCUUAUCAGUGCAAACACUGGUAAGAGUUACCAUGGCCCGCUCUGGUCCCAAUGGGGAGUCCAAGCGUGAUUGGACUGUAGAGCAGAUCACGCAGAUCGGCAGAGACAUCCUUGGGGAUGACAACAGGCUCUAUGCUGAGGCGACCCGAUUGAUUCCUGGUUCCCGUGGGCAACCUGAGAAGAAUAACGAGGAACAUCCCAGAAAGAAGCUUCACCACUCCAACAAGAUAACCAAGCAUGAGAAGACAUUUUUCUGCUCGCACCAUGGAAAAAACCCAACCCAUGAGUCCAGCAAGUGUUUUACCUUGAUCAACCACAAGAACAAAGCCAGUAGUUCCAACAGUCGCAAUCCUUGCAGACGUUGUGGUGAAAACUACUACCAUGGUCAUGUUUGACAGAAUUGAGAGAAGAAUUAAAGCUAAUGAUGCGUUUAAUCUUGUAACUCCAAUCAUAAUAGAGAACCAGAAGUUAAUCGGGAUGAUCGAUACAGGCAGUUCCCGCACGUUUAUAAAUUUGAAAUGUUUAAAUAACAAUUUACAAAUAACAAAAAUAAAUUCUUCAAUUGGUUCCUUUAAUUUUCUGUCUUUAAGCAUGCACCAGAGGUGUUAGAGUUUAAUACGGGUUUUAAUUUUGAUAUCCUCCUUGGAAGAGAUAUUUUGGCAAAGAUGAAUAUUGGAUUAAUUAAUGUUGCAUAUGAUAUUGAAGGAGAAUAUGUCCAUUCAGAUAAUGCAAAAGACUAUGCCGCCAUUUAUGAAAAUCUAAAUAUUGAUAAAGAGAAAAAGUUUGAACCUGAUAAUUCGCCAGCUGGCACAGCACAGCAACGAGCAGAAUUUAUGAGCUCUAUUAAAGCAUCAUAAGGAAGGUGCGACGGCUUACAGACGGCAGUAUCCUAUACCGCACGCUCUAAGACCAACACUUGACAAGCAAGUAAAAGAAUGGCUUGAGACAGGAACUAUUGUCAAGUCCAAGACCAACACUUCCUUCAACAGUCCAAUGUUGCUUGUUCC